GGGCGGCGCGGAGCGAUGGUGGCGCGGGGGCUGCGCGCGCUGCGCGGGGCGCUGCGGGGAGCGGCGGGGAGCGGCGGGAGGCGGCUCAGCACGCGCCCUGCCCGCGUCCCUGCGGCGGACUAUCAGGAUGCCAUCCGCACGUUGAACACGCUGCAGACAAACGCCAGUUACCUGGAGCAGGUGAAGCGGGAACGCGGAGACCCCCGGGCCCAGCUGGAGGCCAUGCGGGGCUUUUUGGAGAGGAGCGGGCUGCAGGUCGAGGACCUGGAUCGCCUGAACAUCAUCCACGUCACGGGGACGAAGGGCAAGGGCUCAGCCUGUGCCUUCACCGAGCGCAUCCUGCGUGGCUAUGGGCUGCGGACUGGCUUCUACAGCUCCCCCCACUUGGUGCAGGUGCGCGAGCGGAUCCGUAUCAAUGGGCAGCCGCUGAGCAAGGAGCUGUUCAGCAAGUACUUCUGGCUGGUGUACCGCCGGCUGUGGGACACUAAGGACGAGGCGCAGGCCAACAUGCCGGCGUAUUUCCGCUUCCUCACCAUCAUGGCCUUCCAUGUCUUCCUGCAGGAGAAGGUUGACCUGGCGGUGGUGGAGGUGGGCAUCGGUGGUGCCUUUGACUGCACCAACAUCGUCAGGACACCAGUGGUGUGCGGCGUCUCCUCGUUGGGCAUCGACCACACCAGCAUCCUGGGGGACACUGUGGAGAAAAUCGCUUGGCAGAAAGGUGGCAUUUUUAAGCCUGGCGUGCCAGCGUUCACAGUGCCGCAGCCCGAGCAACCGCUGGAAGUGCUCCGGGACCGGGCGCGGGAGUGUGGGUGCCCGCUGUACCUCUGCCCCGAACUGGAUGCCUUUGAGGCGGGGACGCGGGUGCUGGAGCUGGGGCUGGCGGGGAGCCACCAGCGCUCCAAUGCUGCUCUGGCUCUGCAGCUCUCACGGACGUGGCUGCAGCGGCGCGGUUACGAGGCAGGUACCGAUGUGCUGCAGGACGUGCUGCCCGGAGCGGAGCUGUCGGCACAGCGCUCGGUGCCACUGGCACCCACGUUUUGCCCCAGUGAUGCCAUGAUCCAAGGACUGCGGGACACAGAGUGGCUGGGCCGUACCCAGGUGCUGCCGCAUGGCCCUGUGACGUGGUACAUCGAUGGGGCUCACACCACCAGCAGCAUCCAAGCCUGCGUACGCUGGUUUCGCCAGGCAGCCCUCAAUGAGGACAAACCCCAGGAUGGCUCUGAGGUACGGGUGCUGCUCUUCAAUGCUACGGGGGACCGGGACACAGCUGCACUACUGAAGCUACUGCUGCCCUGCCACUUUGACUACGCUGUUUUCUGCCCCAACUUCACAGAGGUGUCGGUGGCUACUAGCGCAGACCAACAAAACUUCAACGUGACACUGGAGAACGCCCUCACACGCUGUGUGGAGAACCAGAAGACGUGGACGCGGCUGAUGGAGGAGAAGGGGGGCCCCUGGCUGCCAGCCCCCCUGGAGGUGGGGGGGCUGCUGCAACCGGACCCCCUGCGUGAAGCCCUGCUCCUGGUGCCCCCGGCCGAGCGGCCGCUCAAUUCCACCUCCCUCGUCUUCCCCUGCAUCUCCCACGCGCUGCAGUGGAUCGCGCAGGGCCGGGAUCCCCACCUGCCCAUCCCUGCCUCCAAGGUGGGGGCUCACCUGCACCCUGUGGCCACCAGCGGGGCCGUUCUGCUGCAGGAGGCGGCCACCAUCCGCGUCCUUGUCACUGGCAGCUUGCACCUGGUUGGGGGGGUCCUCAAGCUGUUGGACCCCAUGCUGUCCCAGUAGUGGGGAUGGGGGCUCUGCACCUCCUUGGACUUGAAUGCUUGGAGGCAAAUAGGACCCCCCCCGAGCUGGGCUGUCCCUGCUCCUUCUCACCCCAGUGCCUUUUGUUUGUGCCAGCCCAGGGAGAGGCUGUCCCCAUCAGGAGGAGGGGACACUUGUGAUGAGAUGAACUCAAGGUGCCCCCGGGCUCUGGCAGGGGAACUGUGAGUUCCCUGACCCCCCCUCCCCCCCCCCCAGAGCAGGUUUUGGGGAUCUGUGGGUGCUCUGUGCCCUAGGUAUGAGUGAUGCUUCAAGGCUCUGUGCCACUAAUUUAAUGUAGUCUAGGUUUUUAUUAUUAUUAAGUUUGUAACUUUGACCUGGAGCUGGGCUGAGGGGCCCGGGUUGAUGUCUGUGCACUGCCCCGGGCCGAGGGGGCAGAAGCGUGGUGCUGCCUGGCCCCCAGCCCCCAUCCCAAUAAACCAUUUGCUGCUCCCA